AUGCACACCACCACCACCACCACCAACACCAAGGUCUCUAAGGAGAUCAACUCGACUGGCGUCUCCGGGUUGGAUAACCUCACCAUCCCGCAAAUUUCAGGAGCCUUGUGCUUCAGGAACCCCGACCCUAUCGGCGCUUUGCGCAUGCAAAACGCCAGCUCUCUCCACUGGGAGCGUCGGCAAUACGACGCUAAAAGGGCGGCCAAGCCUAAUCACCACUCAACAAGCGCGUGGUGUUCCAAGGACAAGAAGAAGGAGCCAACGGUCAGAUUCGCUGUCCCCUUGGCCACCCCGGAUCGCGAGUAA